AACAAAUGGGGUAGACAACGGCCUUGGAAUAUUCAGAUUGAAAAGGAGAUUGAAAUCCCUCCUACUACAGUGGGAAGUCACGAUCCGAGUGACUUCAGAGAUUUGGCUCUCACCGACGUGCGAUUCCCUCCUAAAUUAUUUCCUCGCUUGCAGAGGGGAGGGAUAACGAAAUCAGAAGUGCGGAGAUAACACAGAUGAAGUCUGUCCUGUCCUUUCGCUCCACCCCCCCCCCACCUUGUCGUGUCCCCCCUCCCAAGUUUCCUUUCCUGCAGCCUUUGCCUGUCUGGCCAGAUGCGCACUCGGCCACCUCCGCGGAGCGCAGCUUUCCGCCUCGCAAGCACCAAGCGCACGACUUCCCCGAGAGUCUGCAAGCGGCAGAGACGCGAAGGGCGGCGUUGCGCGGAGUGUCUCGAACAAAGCCAACAGAAGGGUCCUUGUUAGCGGGCUGCUCCCAGGAGGGGGCGAGCGGCGAGGGGAGGGGCGGGGCAGGCAGCUCUCCCGUCCCCAGUCUCCUCCUCUAGCCCGGGGCCCGCCGCCCGCCGCCCGCGGACCCGCUGGUGACUUUGGCUCACUUGAGAACUCUCCUGCGCCGCCCGUCGCGGGCUCGGCCGCUGACUCCGACCCAGCAGCGACUUUCCGAGGGGCCAGGAGUCGCUCCCGCGGCGGCGUGAGGCUCGUGUGCCUGUACUGGGGGGAGGCCAGCUCGCUCCUCCGCCCCCGGGGGCUGCUCUGAAACCGACCCGACCCUCUCGUCCAUUGCAGCCUCCCGGCAUCCAGCCCUGGUGCCUGCCAGGGGGGGAGAGCCCGGCCGCCGGCUGGGGGAGGCAGCGAGCCCCAGCCUGGCACGGGGAAGCAGCGGCGCUUUUCCCGGAGCAGGCGCUGCGCCGCUGGAGGAGCGAGCGCGGAUGGUCCCCUGGCCGGAGCCCGUCCCGCCGGGCAGAGCUCCCCGCGGCCGUCCCCGGGAGGAGCGAGCCGGAUGGAGAAACUGAGCCACAAAGAGGGAGGAAGUGACUUGCCCCAGGUCACCCAGCAGGCCAGUGGCAGAGCUGGAAAUAGAACCUAGGUCCAGUGUUCUAUUCAGAAAUUUUGGCAUGGCAAGGGUGUCACCUGUCUGAUCAAGAAGUAUUAAAACUGGGCAAUGCCUUCUAUAUAGCUGCAGAGCACAAGGAGCUGGGGAGGUGCUCCUUUAUUCUCCUUGGAGGGGGAGAGACUUUGAGGUAAAACCUUGGACUCCCCGGUCUCUCCCCAUGGAUAAAGGACACACUUUACCCCAGGAUAUCUGGGACCUGCGGCACUGCCUGAGAAUGAAGAGCAAGUAUGCCAUUCUCUUGGUGUUUGUUGUAGCUCUUGUCAUUAUCGAGAAGGAAAAUAAUAUCAUAUCAAGGGUAUCAGACAAGCUGAAGCAAGCCCCACAAUCUCUGAUGGAGGUCAACAGCACAGACCCUGGCCUAGUGCUGUCAGAAAAUGAGUCCCUCUUGUCCCUCAGCGAGCUGGACUCUGCCUUCUCUCAGCUCAAGAGCCGGCUUCAGAAUGUCACCCUGCAGCUGGGAGGGACCAGGGAGCCUGCUGUGGCACAGGGACCCCGGAGACAUGUGCUCCUGAUGGCCACCACCCGCACAGGUUCCUCCUUUGUGGGAGAGUUCUUCAACCAACAAGGCAACAUUUUCUAUCUCUUCGAGCCACUGUGGCACAUCGAGAGGACAGUGUCAUUCGAGCCAGGCGGAGCAAACGCGGUGGGAUCGGCCCUCGUCUACCGAGAUGUCUUGAAGCAGCUGUUGCUCUGUGACCUCUACAUCCUGGAGAACUUCAUCACCCCGCUCCCUGAGGACCAUCUGACCCCGUAUAUGUUCCGGCGGGGCUCAAGCCGCUCCCUGUGCGAGGACCCUGUUUGCACCCCUUUCGUCAAGAAGGUCUUCGAGAAGUACCACUGCAAGAACCGCCGCUGUGGCCCCCUCAACAUUACCCUCGCUGCAGAAGCCUGCCUGCACAAGAAUCACAUGGCACUCAAGACAGUGCGAAUUCGGCAGCUGGAGUUCUUACGACCCCUGGUCGAAGACCCUCGCCUAGACAUGAGGAUCAUCCAGCUGGUGCGGGACCCCCGGGCGGUGCUGGCCUCUCGCAUUGUGGCCUUCUCGGGCAAGUAUGAAACCUGGAAGAAAUGGGCUUCAGAAGGAGCAGCUCCCCUCAACGAGGAUGAGGUGCAGAGGCUGCGGGGGAACUGCGAGAGCAUCCGCCUCUCGGCUGAACUUGGCCUGAGGCAGCCAGCGUGGCUGCAGGGCCGCUACAUGCUGAUCCGCUAUGAGGAUAUUGCCAGGUCACCUCUCCAAAAUGCCAAGGAGAUGUACAGGUUUGCUGGCAUCAGCCUCACUCCGCAGGUGGAGGAAUGGAUCCAGAAGAACACCCAGGCGCCUCAGGACAGCAAUGGCAUCUACUCCACCCAGAAGAACUCCUCAGAGCAGUUCGAGAAGUGGCGCUUCAGCAUCCCCUUCAAGUUGGCCCAAGUGGUGCAGAAUGUCUGCGGCCCAGCCAUGAGUCUGUUUGGCUACAAACUGGCCAGCGACCAAGAGACCCUCACAAACAGAUCCAUCAGUUUGCUGGAGGAAAGGAGGGCCUUCUGGAUCACGUAAGAUCUCUCAUCGCUGGGUUUCCAAACGGAAACAUAUGGUUAGACUGAAAAAAGAAAAACCUGAGCACAAGAUCAGCUGGGGAAGCUGGAAAGGGGCCACUGUCCCCUGCUGACACGUAUCACACCCUCGUUUAUAAGGCUUGUGUUUGCCGUGCACUCCUCAUCCUAGCGAGGUGCUUCCUGAUUCUCCAGUGGACAGCAGGGGGAAUGCAGUAACAUCCAGGAGCUCUAUCUAGAUGGAUUAUAACGUGGCCACCCUUUGAAACUAAAUGGAGCUCAGAAGCUGGCAGUGGGGAGAACCAAAGCAGUAGGUACUAGCUUCCAUACCUCACCUCUUAGCUUUCUUCUCUGCACAAGCGCCACCCUUCUUUCAAAGGGCAUUUCUGCACUAAACCUCCAAAGAGAGAACUGUAUGUUUUAAAAAUCUUCGUACACUUUAAAAUCCCUCAUCUUGCCGAGCAAGGAGGUGAGUGGAGCCGAGGGUUGCACUGAUAUCGCCUUGGGCAAACUUAAAGACCUCGCUAAGCUGUAUUUGGUUGGGUUGAUGAAACUGUCAGAAACGGACUUGGUUGGGGUUUGUUGCCAAGAAACCUCUUAGUAAAUCCCCAGUGACAGGAUCUGGGAGACUCUCUCCUCCCAUCCUGACUGCUGCUGCCUUACGCUGACAAACACUCAUGUCUCGGACACUUUGUGCAUGUCUGUGGAACUUUAAAUAUACCAACAGCCUGUUAAACCUUGAAAGAGGUGACUGAGUCUUACAAGGGUGAGCACACUCCCUCAGACCAUGCUCUCGGAAGAGCAAAAUGCCAGGACAUCGAGAAAACAUGUAGCAGAGCCAGCAAACAGCCACACCAUGAUCAUUGACACUGGUGCGGCAUUGUCCACCUCAGCUGCUUGUUAUCAAGUGCACCAAAGCCAGCAGCUGAGAGAUGGCAGGGAGACAAUGAAAACACUAUUUAAAAGAGAGAGAGACUUAGAGAGAGAAAGCGAAAGCAAUGCUCUCUAGCCCUGGGGAUUCAACUGGUCUCCUUCUAAGGUGCCAUCAGCUGUUUUGUCUUCCACCACCAUGGAGGCUGGAUUCCUCAGUGAUCAUUUGCUGGUGUCUAGAAAUCGAUACUGAAAGCUUUCUUGGCUGGUGGUGGCAGGGUGUUUCUGUAAUGGUAUUUAUAUUUUGUCCUUGCUAUUGUUUGUAUAUCUUUGGAAGUGCUAGUUGGAGGCUGCCAGCAAUUCUCCUGCCCAAAGUAAAGGGGAGUAGUUUGUACCAAUUAGCUUUUUGUGGCAGGAGAGGGGGGAGGAGAGAGACUGGGAUGCAGGCAAGUGGGAACUCAUCCAAAAUUAGGCAAUAGGAAUAGUUUCCAUAACAGAAAGAGAUGGUCUCAGAUUGCAACAGACGAAUUCCUAGCCUGUGCUGCCCCUUAUCUAAUCCACAGUUAGGUUAGGUUUUUGCUUCCUGGAGUUUGAUCUCUUCCCAGGGCAACCCAGAGACCACUCCAGAAGAGGUCUUCAGACUCCUUUUCAGCCCCAUCAUUAUUCUGAGAUACCCAUUGAGUCCCCUCACCCUUAAAUACAUCCUCAGGGAAGAAACAUGGAACAAGAUCUGAGCUGAGCAUGGGUUUUUUUUUAGUAAUUUUUGAAGGGGCAGCAUCAGUUUUUUGUUUUAAAUCAGAUUUAAAGGGAUACUGUCAACACAGCAAACUUCUCUCUGAAACUUAUCUUUACUUCCUGUUGUCACAGAUUAUUCAAAUUUAGAGAGAUUGCAAGAGACAUUUCUCUGUUUUUCAGUGUGUUUACUUCGUGCAUUUAUCAGUACUUUAGGCAGUCAGUUUCAUCAGUGGUUGGAUUCACUUCCUAAUCUCAUGCACUAGCAUGAGAGAAUAUCAGAAUUCUCAUGCACAAGGGUGGGGGCGGGCAUAGCUAGGCAGAGGAGCAGUCCUCCUAAUCUCCCAUGGAUCCCUGGACAUGGCCUGGAAGCACUGGUAAACUGGAGCUGGACAGCAGGUAGACGGAGUAAGCUGUUGCUGACAUGGGUGAUCAGCAUAGGGGAGACACUAAUGCAGGAGGGGGAUCCAGGCACAUCCUGUUUAUGGCCAUUGUUGUGCCGGAGCACACCCCCGUUAGAGCAACGAUAUGAAAUCGACAAGGGAAAGAGAAACAUACAAAAAUAAAUGCAGGAUAAUGGCUGAAAUUCUCAGCCCUCAGUGUACUUUAACAUAGUAUAUGCCCCCAACGUACACCCAUGUAAAAAAAGAAAAAAUUGACAGGUCCCUGUCACAGGGAGAGCUAGGUGGCAUCUCCUCCUGGUCGCUCUGGGGAACAGCUCUGUCCAACUCCGGUGCCCCCUUCCGCUGCUCACUGCAUGCUCUGCUGUCUCUGACUCUCUGUGACUCAAGGGGCUCUGUUUUUGUGGUUUGGCCCUUUGACCAGAUCACUAUAGUCCUCCCCUUCCAGGGUAACAAAAUAAAUCUCCAAACCAGCUGUCCAGAGCUUCUCUCCAGUGCUUCUGUGCCACUUCACAGUGGUUGGUAGGAGAACCCAGGCCUGCCCUCUACACUGGGUUCCAGCCCAGAAACCUUGUAACAAGCAGCCAAGGUCUGCAUGGUCCUACCCCUUGCUGCUGUUUUCCCUGGGCUUCUUCCCACCUAGCUCUCUCAGGCUUCCUUUCCCCACAACUACUCUGGGGUUGACCCUUGUUCUAGGGUUAGAAUCCUGGUGCUUAUUCUCCCUCUUGGGUUUUCACCUCCCCUCCUCUGUGCUCCCAGAGAGCAACCUCAGAGUCUCCCUGCAGUCCCCUUCUGCAGCAAACUUCCUGGCUUUAUAAUCCAGUCUGCUCCAGCCCAACUGAGUCUCUUGUUCAGUUAAGCUUGGCUUUCCCUCCAGGUACAGCCAGGUACCUACGGUAACCAGACAGCAAAUGUGAAAAAUUGGGACAGGGGGUGGGGGGUAAUAGGAGCCUAUAUAAGAAAAGGACCCAAAAAUCGGGACUGUCUCUAUAAAAUCGGGACAUCUGGUCACCCUACAGGUACCCUAAUUGGUCCCUGAGGCCCACAUUAACCCUUUCAGGGCCUGUGUGGAGUACAUACCCAUCACAGUUUUAAAAAAAGCAACAAUCCACAUCUCCCUCCCAGGGUUACUAACAACACCUUAUAUUGUUAAACUGAAAUAGUUUUUUAAGGAUAUGAAUUUAUUUUACACUAGUUAUGCAGUUUGUCCAAACUGAGAUGCAGAAAGUAAUCAGUGAAAACAGACCAGGCAGCAGGGGUGCUGGAACAAUUUUUAUAGUGGGGCUGUUGAAAGCCAUUGAACCAAACUGUAAAUGAUGGAAACCUCUUCAAGCCAGGGGGUGCAGCAGCACUCCCAGUUCCAGCACUUAUGCCGGGCAGUUUCAUUUUUCAGCUCCCUUGUACCAGCACAAUUCUUUCUGCAGUGUUUCGGUUGCAGAUAUUGCAAAGAGAAUGUUGCUACAAAAAGGUUAAAACUGUUUCCAAUUGAGCUUAAAAAUAAUCAUGAAAACAUUGACUAAUAGCAGGUUUUGUAAAAUAUAUAUAUAUAUCCUACAGUUUGGGCCUAAACUAUCUUUACAGUUUUUCAAGGAAUGGCUAAAUGAAGCUUAGAGAAGUGAAAAGAAAUUAACAAAUAUAUGCUUCAAAGGGGGCUUUUCUAUGUAUGCCCUUGCAACUCACAUGUGGAGUUGUUUGUGAAACCCAACCUCUGCACCCGCUGAAGAGCACAUUUUAAAUUACUACCUAUAGGUAUAUAAACCAUAAAGGGCAACUAUACAACAGCUUCCUCCUUCAAGCUCGCAGACCCUCUGGUGCAAACAAUCAUUUUUGACCUCUCUUUCUUUAAUAUUCACAUUAUGUCUUCUAUCUGCCUCAUCCUAUAUUAUAAUUUGUUUACCUUUGGAAAGGUAGCAGACUUAGGCCUCAGUUCAGGAAAGCACUUUAAGCACACCUUAAUGUUAAGCCUGUGCAUAAAAACUGUCCUGAACAGAGGUGCUUUCCAGAAUAAGGGCCUUAAUGCAUACUGGAGCAUUUCUUCAAUAUACUCAAGACAACAAGAGCUAUAGGUACAGCACGAGGGGCCCUAUUUGCAAUUGCCUUCUACCUUGUGGCAUCAUUUGCAUCAGUGUAAAGUGGCUGUAAAAGGUCCCCAAACCAAACUGGUAAUGGUUUACACAAUAUGACCACCCAGUGAACCUGCGCCAAGGCCCAUUUAAAUCAAUGGAAAGACUCCCACUGACUUUGACAGGUUUUGGAUCAGCACCAAGGUGCAGGGGAACCAUGAAUCAGAUCCAUACUGCUCCUUGAUCAAACUUACUUUGCCAGCUCAAGCAGGGAGCCCCCAGUGGAAACAGUCCUGGUGCAGUUGGUAGGGGAGAGUGUGUUUACCUGGAGCUCCAACCAGCACUUUGGUUCUGAGAAGUGAGGCGUUAUUAUUGCUAUUGUUUGUUUUGUUUGUGCUUUUCAAAAGUUUAUUUUUAUUUUUUUUUGUCUACAAGGGCUGCAGUCUGGCAGGAAAGAAGCUGCCACUUCCUGCAAUAUGUAGAACUGUUCAGAGAAUGGAGGGUUUAAUAUUGUAAACUGCAAGGGGAAUUUAUUUAUUUAUUAUAUGAAAAAGAGGGGAAAUAUUUUAUUAGCAGGGAGUCUGAGCUACACCCAAAAACAGGCAGACAACAAAUAUCCCAAGAAAUGGAAAAAAGGUAAACAAUUAAACUCAUAGCAGCACAGUUAUGAUUUCAAACAAAA